AUGCACGCGUAUAUAUCUUCCAGGAAGAACAUUAUUCAAAUAAUUGAGGUUCAUUCUCUCAGUCUACUGCCCUGGAAGGGAGAGCUGAUUAUAUCAACUGAGUACAGCGCAGGGGAACUGGAGUGCCUUGGCUACUUUACACUGACCUGGAAAAUGUCAGGGGCAGGUAGCAUCUCCUUUAGAAGACAGAAUCCUGCUCUGCGGCUAACCCCUCCAGUUGGCGGGCGGAGGCCAGCAGGCGCGUGUGCGGCCGCCCCCUGCGCCGCGGCCCCGGCUGGCGGGCAUGAAUCCUGCGCGCGCCAAGCGCUCUCUAGGAGCCCGUGGGCCGCGCGCGCGCACACAGCUGAAGCGCGCGUUCCCGACCCUCGUGAGCGCGCCCUCCCCUCCGUCUCAACCCGCCCCACGCGCAAGUCUUCGGUGCCCCCGCCCAUCCCGCGCUCCCACAGCCUGAGCGCCGCUCAGCUGACCGGCGGGCGCCAGACGCCUCGGCUUCCAGUUCGCAAGCGCAGCUACGGCGGCGCGAGCCUCUCACGCCGACACUCCCCCUACUACUUCGUGCUCUGCGGGAUCGACGCAGACAGCGGGUUGGAGCCCGACGAGCUGGCGGUUUUGUACCAAUGGCUAGAAGCAGAUCGUCAUGGCAAGAGCCAAGAUGCUGCAAAUACGACUUCAGGUGAAAAUUUUGACCAGAGUCCUUUGAGAAGAACAUUCAAAUCCAAAGUUCUGGCCCACUAUCCUGAGAAUAUAGAAUGGAAUCCUUUUGAUCAAGAUGCAGUGAACAUGUUGUGCAUGCCUAAAGGGCUGUCUUUCAGAACUCAGACGGACAAUAAAGACCCUCAGUUCCACUCAUUUAUAAUUACCCGGGAAGAUGGUUCUCGUACCUAUGGUUUUGUUCUCACGUUCUAUGAAGAAGUUACCAGUAAGCAGAUCUGCACAGCAAUGCAGACGCUCUACCAGAUGCACAACGCAGAGCAUUACAGCAGCGUGUAUGCCUCGUCCUCCUGCAGCAUGGACUCGCUGGCAAGCAGUACUGACGAAGGAGACACAACUUCCCUUUUGAAACUCCAGCGCUACAACUCCUAUGACAUCAGCAGAGACACCCUGUAUGUUUCAAAAAGUAUAUGUUUGAUCACGCCACUCCCUUUCAUGCAGGCCUGCAAAAAGUUCCUUAUCCAGCUUUACAAGGCAGUUACCUCACAGCAACCGCCACCCUUGCCACUGGAGAGCUACAUCCAUAACAUUCUCUAUGAGGUACCCCUUCCACCUCCUGGGAGAUCACUGAAAUUUUAUGGUGUUUAUGAACCUGUCAUCUGCCAGAGACCUGGGCCCAGUGAACUCCCCCUCUCCGAUUACCCUCUUCGAGAGGCCUUUGAGCUUCUGGGAUUGGAGAACCUCGUGCAGGUGUUUACCUGUGUCCUUUUAGAGAUGCAGAUCCUUCUAUAUUCACAAGAUUAUCAGCGCUUGAUGACUGUGGCGGAAGGCAUCACCACACUUUUGUUUCCAUUUCAAUGGCAGCAUGUUUAUGUGCCCAUCCUCCCUGCUUCUCUGCUACAUUUUCUUGAUGCUCCUGUCCCUUAUCUGAUGGGCCUUCAGUCAAAAGAAGGAACUGACCGUUCUAAACUAGAACUUCCUCAAGAGGCUAAUUUGUGUUUUGUGGAUAUUGACAACCAUUUUAUUGAAUUGCCUGAAGAAUUUCCACAAUUCCCCAAUAAGGUGGAUUUUAUCCAGGAACUCUCUGAAGUGCUUCUUCAAUUUGGGAUCCCUCCCGAGGGCAGCCUACAUUGCAGUGAGAGUGCCACAAAACUGAAGAAUCUGGUUCUGAAAGACCUGGUUAAUGACAAGAAAAAUGGCAAUGUCUCCACUCCUAACAUCAGCAUGUAUGAGUUACUGAAGGGCAAUGAAACCAUAGCCCGCCUCCAAGCUCUGGCCAAGAGGACUGGUGUGACCAUGGAGAAAAUGGACCUCUCUGCCUCUCUGAGUGAGAAAGAAAAGGAUUUAAAGCUGCAGUGUGAAGAGGCGGAGCUAAGGGACUACCAGCUCAAUGUGCAGCUCCGUGAGGUCUUUGCCAACCGCUUCACACAGAUGUUUGCGGAUUACGAAGCAUUUGUGAUUCAGACUGCCCAGGACAUGGAGUCCUGGCUUACCAACCGAGAACAGAUGCAGAACUUUGACAAAGCUUCCUUUCUGUCUGACCAGCCUGAGCCUUACCUGCCAUUUCUUUCACGCUUCAUUGAAACACAGAUGUUUGCCACCUUUAUUGAUAAUAAAAUUAUGUCUCAGUGGGAAGAGAAAGAUUCUUUGCUCCGGGUCUUUGACUCUCGGAUUGAGAAGAUAAGAUUGUAUAAUGUAAGGGCACCCACCUUGAGGACAUCUAUCUAUCAGAAAUGCAGCACUUUAAAAGAAGCAGGUGAACUCUUUAGGCAGAGGUUAUCUGCUGUUGAUAUUGUGGCACCAGAACCGCAUGAUUUCUGUGCAGAAAGACGAGUUGAUACCCAAUCAAUUGAGCAGCGACUAAUGAAAAUGGAUCACACUGCAAUCCACCCACAUCUGCUUGAUAUGAAAAUUGGUCAAGGCAAAUAUGAGCAAGGUUUCUUUCCAAAGCUACAGUCUGAUGUCUUGGCAACAGGACCAACUAAUAACAAUCGCUGGGUGAGUCGGAGCGCCACUGCACAGCGCAGGAAAGACCGCCUUCGCCAACAUUCUGAGCACAUCGGAUUGGACAACGACCUGAGGGAGCCUUCCGGGGAACUUUUGGUCUGUCAGAACUCCAUGGCAUUCUGGGAGUGGGAUCAGGGCCCACCUCCUCCUGCACGACUUCCUAAAAAAUCCUUCUCUGAGUGCUGCCUGAAAUAUAUGCAAGAGGCACGAAGUUUAGGAAAAAACCUGAGGCAACCCAAAUUGUCAGAUCUCUCUCCUGCAGUGAUUGCACAGACCAACUGCAAAUUUGUAGAAGGAUUAUUAAAAGAAUGUAGAAUGAAGACAAAACGCAUGUUGGUGGAGAAAAUGGGACACGAAGCAGUGGAACUGGGCCAUGGAGAAGCCAACAUAACCGGCUUGGAGGAGAACACCCUGAUCGCCAGUCUCUGUGACCUGCUGGAGAGGAUCUGGAGCCACGGGUUGCAGAUUAAGCAGGGGAAGUCAGCUUUGUGGUCACAUUUAAUUCAGUUUCAGGACAGAGAAGAGAAACAAGAGCACCUUGCAGAAUCACCAGUUGCCCUUGGACCAGAAAGAAGAAAAUCUGACUCAGGAGUUAUGUUGCCAACACUCAGGGUCUCUCUUAUCCAAGACAUGAGGCAUAUUCAAAACAUGAGUGAGAUCAAGACUGACGUCGGACGAGCUCGGGCGUGGAUCAGACUGUCUCUGGAAAAGAAGCUCUUGUCCCAGCAUCUCAAGCAGCUGCUCUCCAACCAGCCACUCACCAAGAAGCUCUAUAAACGUUAUGCUUUUCUACGGUGUGAAGAAGAAAGAGAGCAGUUUCUUUACCAUCUUCUUUCCCUCAAUGCUGUUGACUACUUCUGCUUCACCAGUGUGUUCACCACCAUCAUGAUUCCCUAUAGGUCAGUGAUCAUCCCCAUCAAAAAGCUGAGCAAUGCAAUCAUUACAUCAAACCCUUGGAUCUGUGUAUCAGGAGAGCUAGGAGACACGGGAGUAAUGCAGAUUCCCAAAAAUCUCCUUGAAAUGACUUUUGAGUGUCAGAACUUGGGAAAGCUGACCACUGUUCAGAUUGGUCACGAUAACUCAGGACUAUUAGCCAAGUGGCUAGUGGAUUGUGUCAUGGUCAGAAAUGAGAUCACAGGACAUACCUACAGGUUCCCAUGUGGGCGAUGGUUGGGGAAAGGCGUUGAUGACGGAAGCCUGGAGAGAAUCCUUAUUGGGGAACUGAUGACCUCUGUGGCAGAUGAGGAUCUGGGAAAGCAGUGUCGGACUCCGCCCCAGCAGAAAUCCCCCACCUCAGCUCGAAGACUGAGCAUCACUUCACUGACUGGAAAAACCACCAAACCUAAUGCUGGACAGAUUCAAGAAGGAAUUGGAGAAGCUGUAAACAAUAUUGUAAAGCAUUUUCAUAAACCUGAAAAAGAGAGAGGAAGCCUCACAGUGUUGCUGUGUGGAGAAAAUGGCCUGGUUGUGGCACUUGAACAAGUCUUCCACCAUGGCUUCAAGUCUGCCCGCAUCUUUCACAAGAAUGUCUUCAUCUGGGACUUCAUAGAGAAAGCAGUUGCUUAUUUUGAAACCACUGACCAGAUUCUAGACAAUGAAGACGAUGUCCUUAUUCAGAAAUCAUCCUGCAAAACCUUCUGCCACUAUGUAAAUGCUAUUAAUACUGCACCCAGGAACAUUGGGAAGGAUGGCAAAUUCCAGAUUUUAGUUUGCCUUGGAACACGGGACCGGCUGCUCCCACAGUGGAUCCCGCUCCUGGCCGAGUGCCCUGCCAUCACCCGCAUGUAUGAGGAGGGGGCCCUCCUGCGAGACCGCAUGACUGUCAACUCUCUCAUCCGCAUUCUGCAGACCAUUCAGGACUUCCCCAUAGUCUUGGAAGGAUCACUCAUCAAAGGAGUGGACGUGUAACCCGACUGGCAAGGAACUCUCAGUCCAGACCCCUUGCUCCUGAACCUUCCCCAACUAUGGGGACCGAUUUGGACUUGUCUGAUAGUGAGUCACUGCAGGGGGCACCACACCGUAUUCCCCAAUUUGAACAAUCCUCACACUACAGACAAGGCAAAAUCCUGUAUUGUAGUUCAUUUGAACCUGGAAUUUAGUAUAAAAUAGAGUAUUUUCAUGUGUUAGAUGUGUGUAAAUAUGCUAUCUUCUUUAAGAAAUUAUAUUACUCUAAUAAGAUACUUUUCUUAGACUAAAUAUUCCUGUGACUUAACAUUAAGUAGCUUAACCGCACUGGGAGUUGGGAGGGAAAGAGUGGUGCUAGCCAGGAAGAAGACAGAAAACACAUAAUUACAGUGCAACCCAGUCGGGCUUUUUUUUCCCUCCAGGUAUCACAAAGGAACCCAGAAUGCAUUGUUAUGUCAUAGCCAUCCAUCCUGGUGCGUCUGAUCCUUUGUAUUGUGAAUGUAAACAGCUUUACCUACUGUGCGUGAUAGUCCUCACUUCUAGAUUUUAAGUUACAGUUGGUUUCAUACAUUUGAAUUGAGUCACUUCUCCAGUCUUUUAGAAAAUUUUUUCUGUCGGCACAAGAUAAAGAUACAAUUCAAAUAUUUUAAAUACUGGACCCCAGGAGCUUGGCUGAACUGGAAAGAGAACACAGAAAGCCCUGAGAAGUAUGUUAAAUUGUAGGAUUAUCACUUCUUUAUACUUUGGAAAGAUUAGCCUAGACUAACUUCAUUCUUGGCAUUUUUAUUCUUGUUAUGUGAGGUACUUUGAGGAGAUGUGAAUUUCAAAGUGUUGGUCUUACAUUUAUAAGAACUGCAAACAGCCGUGUGGUUCUGUGCCUGUAACUUGGCCCUCUAAGCCCUGCAGCAGUUCUUACCUGACCGGUAAUCUCAAACUCUGUCUUUGUUAGGUUCCAGGCACCUCCCCCCUUCCUGUGCCCAACCCCCUCUCCGGAAAAGGAAGGAAUGUCUAAGAAGGAGGAGGGCUCCGUGUAGCUUGGAAUGUUUUUGAGAAAGUAUUUGUUGACCAUGAUAAUGCAAAUAACAGAGGGAAGGAGAAAGAAUGAACCCUUUCUGGGUGUUUCAGGGCAGGUUUCGUGUUCCUUUUUUAAGAAGGGAUAAUAAUCUAAAACAACUGGCCCAGAGAAGGUAAAAGCCAGCACAGCGUAGACCUGACAAAAUGGAAGCAGAAGCAGAGGCAACAGUUUUGAGAGGCCAAACAUUGUGAGUAGCUUUCCAGUUUGGUAUCUUAUAAGGAAGUCUUAAGUAAAUGUGGUCUGAGCUGGUUACCUUACGUCUUCGUUUAUGGGAGUCCUGUAACCAGUUAGGCAUUUGCACAUUGUUAGCAGCGAAAUUGCCUCAGCACAGCGCCAGCUUUUAUUCCCAGUUGUGGCUGAGAAGCAAAGCCGUGGCCUCUCAGGACCCCUGUACGAUCUUGAGGGUCCUGGGCUUUAGCCAACCGUAUUGUUUCCCUUCUUUCCUGGAGGAAGCAACUAAUGAACAGGUGCCUCGCUCCCUUUAUCAAGCACUGUGUUCAGCCGGGCAGCCAAGGCGCGUCCCCUUUUAAUACCUGACUCAGUUCUUGAGGAGGAAGGGGGAGUUGAAGACAGCAUUCACAAACCCACGGAAAGGGUUUAAGAAGAGGCUUCUGGGUGACCUGGGUAGACUGGAGAUUUGCUCCCGAGUCUAAAGUGUGUCUGCAUAACGGCGCAGCUCUUCCAGGAUCAUGGACAGUCCUAUUAUGGGAGACCUCCAGAACCUUCACACAGGGUUCUUGUGCUGCGGUGAUCAGAAACCACUGAAUGGUCGGUGCAGGGUUUUAUUCUUACUACCUUUCUCCUAAGACCAUGCUUCUGGCACACUCUGGGCUGCCAAAGGAUGACUUAGAUUCGCCGAGAGGUUACUUACCCCACAGCUGGUCAGCGACAACAAAGUCUAGAACUCACAUUUUUUAUUACACAAAGGCCGCAUGAGACAGAACUCCCAAGGCACUCAUAUUAAGUCUUUCUACCCCUGGAUCUUUAUUCAUACGCCCAAGCAAGUAGGAUAUAAAUAUUAAAAUCCAUUUAUAAUAAGCAUUAAUAAGGAUUAACAUUCUUUUUUAACAAAUGGUUCUGAAAUGAUUGAGAAUUACAUGUUAUAAAACCUGGGAGCAAAAUUGGAUUUGGGGCCUAUGAAUAAAAGCAUUACAUUAAAAGUAAUAUCCCCCAAAAGGAGUUAUAUGUAAAGUUUUAUCCCACUCUGUGUAAUAGGACCGUGCAAUGGGAAAGACCACUUUCACAGUAGUCACACCAGACUGUCACAUCCUCUAGAGGGCUGGGCUCUUCCACUUGGUCUCGUUGGGAGCCCACAUAGUUAUGCCAGUGGCACAGCCAGGACCCCCAACGUGUGGGGACCUCCUUGUGGGUCUGCAGCCCAUUCUUGUCAGUAUUGCCAGUGAUGGCAAAUCUUGACCUUUCAGAAGAAAUUUAGUAUGUGGAAACAACAAGUCCUCAGGAUCCAAACUGAUUGAUAAAAAGGAUGCUUAAGCAGAGUUUGACACCACAAAGAAAUUAUUCUAAAGAAAUAAGACUUCUUUCUUUCUUAUGUGACUUAUAACGGUCUCUAAGCCAAUACCAGAAUAUUUUGAGCAGGACAGCAGCAGAAUCAUUAGAAUAAAUGUAUAUGACUGACUUUUGGAAGGACCGUACCUAUUUUAGAGGUAUCCUUUUUGCUAUAUUAAUUUUUAAAAUCAGUAUAUUGCUUUAUAAUCACACCUCAAAGUUAAAGUAAGUAAAAAUCAAUUUUGUAAUUGAUUUUUGCCCCUCAGAAUAAAUUUAAAAAGUAAUGCCUGGAACCAUAAUUAGUAUUUUCACAUAAUAAUAGCUUAAGAGGAAAUUGUUUUAAAAUUAAAUUGCCAAAAAUAUUACCUCUUGAAACAUCUACUUUCCAAGUGUUUUUCAAAUGUCCUGAAACUCCUGAUCUCCACCUUUCUGACAGUUGCGCUACACUGUUGCUGGUAUUCCCUGUGAGACCCUAAAAGCACUGCCCUGGUUCGGGCUCUUUAACUCAUUCCCGCCACAGAAAACGACUGGGCUCGGUGUGGAGUAGCAUAAAGUGGAAGGGGGGGCGUUAAAUUAGGCCUAUCAGAACAAAAGUACCGCUGCCCAACUCCCCUCUCCCUCCCCUUCCCACCUGGAGCAAGAAUCUGAUCUAAGAAACCUAAAUCUUAACAACAGUUUGCAGUUUCCCUCUAAAAUUUAUUUUAACUGUGGCAGAUACUUUUGAACUUUGGUGACCCUGUGGUAUUUAACAUGCCUUUUUAAAAAAUCACUUUAAUGAACUUCUGUCACACUCCAUGAAUGACAUAGGAGAAAUCCUGAAUUGCUUGUAUCUCCUUUUUUUGGAAUAAAGAACUUUUUUAUGUAAAUGUAAGUGAAAGAGGUAGAAACUAUACAUAACAGUUUGUGUGUGGUAUAUGUUGACACCUCUAAGAUAUUUUGAAACAUGAGGCAACAGAUGUGGGCCUCAGCUCCCCAGGGAAAUAUUUAUUUGACAGCAUUGAGAGUGUAACUUUUAACUGAAAUAUCUUCUUUCUGCUAGGAAUUAUGAUUUUUCAGAUUUUCAUUUUGAGAAUUGUGAAUAGUUGUGAGGUUUACAAAAACUGCUCUAUACUUUUCACCAUGUUGAAGGGACAUUCUGACCCUGAGCUCCUUAUAUUUCAGUAUUAACAUACCCUCACUGACUGAGAACGGGCUCCUCUCUAUUAAAAAAUGAAUCCUGUUUCCAAGUCAUCAGUUUCUUUUGAAGUCCCUGUUUCUUACCUAAGUAUUUGUUACAUGACCAUUUAGCUUAAAAGGAAACAGAAAAGAAUCAUAAACUUCGAGGUCCUUUCUUCCUAUUAAAAUACAUUUACAAAUCUCUUGGAUUUCCAAGCCAUUUUGAAGAGGGUGCUGAUGGUGUGAUCAGAGGAAUCCAAGAAGAAACUCAUUGUCCCAGAUCUUCCUGGAGCUGAUCAUCCUCUCAAGGACAGAAUAAAGACGAGCUCCAGAAAUGUAUCACAUUGAGCAGAUGACACCAGAGGGACAAAAAUAUGUAUCAAAUAAUGUCUCCUCCUCUAAAGGAAUCCAGGGCACCCUUGUUUUAUUUGGGAGGGAAUCACGCUUGAUCCAAUAUCCUGAAUGAAUUUGUGUGGCUCCAGUCUGUUCCAAACUAAAUCUUGUUCACAGUAGAGAGAUACGGUAAGGAGUUCCUGUUGUCAAUCAAAUGAGGGAGUUAAACAUAGAAAAAUCCCUCUGUGUUACACUUGAACCGUGUAUAAAUGUACCCUGUGUAUCUUUUUUAAAAAAUGAACAUUUCUGCAUUUAAAUUAUAUUGUGUUUUUUUCUUUGUAUUAACAAUGCAUCAGAACUGGAUUUUUUUUCCUCCUCAUCUGAACAUAAUAUAAAAUUUAAAGAGUAUUGUGAUAUCAAGCACUUUAACAUACAUAUCAGAGAAACUGACGUGGGUUUUUCAGGUUUUGGAGUACAUUUAAAUAUGAAUUUUCAUGCUUUGUUCUUUACAAAUAAAACUGUGGGGUUGAUACUU